AUGGACUUUGCAGCAGCGCUCAUGCCUCACCCAGACAAGGUGGCCAGAGGGGGCGAGGAUGCGGUCUUCCUUGCAGAGGACAGGCUAGCGUUCGGUGUGGCGGAUGGAGUGGGCAGCUGGAUGGAUUCUGGGGUGGAUCCAGGCAUCUAUGCGAGGGAGCUGAUGAGCAAGUGCAAGGAAGCUGCCGCCCGGGUCCCUCCCAGCAAAACAGCGCCCCUCAACAUCCUCACCAACGCAUUCUAUGACACCAAUAAGAUUGGGUCGUGCACUGCUUGUGUGGUGGUGUUGGAGGGCAACAUGCUGCAUGCAGCCAAUCUGGGCGACAGCGGGUUCAUGGUGAUCCGCGGGGACAGCAUUGUGUUCAAGUCGCGCACGCAGCAGCACUCGUUCAACUUCCCCUACCAGCUGGGCAGAGGCGGCAACGGCGUUUUUGACCCCCCGAUUGCUGCCGACUUGUCUUCGGUCCAAGUCAAGAGUGGGGAUAUCCUGGUGGCGGCAACAGACGGCGUGUGGGACAACAUGUACUCUCCCGACAUUGCCUCACUAGUCACCACCGCGUCUACUCAGGGGCAGUCACCAGCGCAGGUCGCCGAAAACCUGGCACGCUUCGCGCACAUGCGGGCUGCCGAUCCGACAUAUGUGUCUCCAUUUGCACUCGGAGCUCGGGCGCUGGGCCACAUGGACAUCGGCGGGAAGAUGGAUGACAUCUGUGUUGUCAUUGCAUAUGUUGUGCCGGGUUCGAAGUUGUGA